AGGUAUAAGCCACGAAGGAAAAAUAAACAACGGAGUUUCCGCAAGAUCUUUUCGACGUUCAACGUCCUUUACUUAGCAGAUAAACUGACUUACAUGAGGAAUUGACAGUACAGGAAAGCUCGUAUGACUGACAGAUACGGAUUAUAAGUAGAUUAGUACCUAGAAUCUGGCACACCUGGAGAAAAAGUAACCUUUCCAAACAAGCAUAUUUUAGCUGUUCUGCCUAAUGGUAUUGAUGCAUAUGAUUUACUCUCUAAAUUGAAUAACCAGGUACCAUCGAUUAAGUUUACUCUAGAAUUGGAAAAAGACAAUUGCCUCCCUUUCUUAGAUGUUUUGAUACAUAGAGAACCAUUUCAAUGUAAAUUCAGCAUUUAUAGGAAACCAACCAACAACUUAACUUAUGUUCAUUUCUAUUCAGGCCACCAUAUUAACAUCAAAAUAUAAAUUUGUUCUUCUAUGUUUUUACAAGCAUUGUGCAUUGUCAGUCCCCAAUAUUUGGAUCAAGAAACUGAAUACAUAAGAAAAAUAGGGAAAGAUUUAUGUUAUCCUUCACAUAUAUUAGAUAUUUGUUAUAAUAAAGUCCACAAAAAGUUUUAUAGUACUGCAAGUAAGGCCCUGUCCACACUACCGGGCAGUGCCCGACGGGCAAACACUGUUACCAUACCCCGUUUCAAGACACAAGGUGGGAGAGUGAUCGGCGGGCACAAAUGGAGGUGAUUAAAGAUGGGGAAACCACGGGCAAACUAGCGAGUAACCCGUGAAUGUAGUGGAGUAAAACACCAGAAACUGAUGUGUCCGGUGGUUUGUUUAACCAACGCUGGUGUCAAGCACGAUAGGUUUCCAGGACCAUAGUUUAUUAUCGAUCUCUCACUUACAAAAGGGUGUUCUAAGUAUAAAGUCAUCAUGUCCGGCAAAGAAACUACAAACAUUCAGUGGUCAAGAGAAGAAAUCAUACAAUUAAUUGACUUGUACCGCCAAAAUCCAUGCCCAUGGAAUGUCAAAAGUGACAUGUACAAGGACAGAGCUAAACGUGUAGCGGCUUUGACAGCAAUAGCCGUGGAAUUACGCAAGACAUGUGCUGCCAUUACCACAGGGGAUAUAAAACGGAAAAUAGAAACCCUGCGAAAUCAACACAGACGUGAAAUGCGAUUGGUUGAAAACUCACGCAAGUCAGGAGCUGGGAUAGACGACAUUUACAUCCCCAGAUUAUGGUGUUUUAAUGACCUUUCUUUCCUUAAUGAUGGUGACACAAUCAGACCAUCUCUCUCAAACAUAGAUAAUGCCACCAACGAUACAGCUGAGGAGGAACGUUCUGAUCAUGAGAUUUUCAACGAUCCAGUAUUGAUGGGAGUUGGUGAAACAUCUCAUGCAGCAACAACACCUGUAAUGACACCGCCUUCAGUGUCUACUGCAUGUCCUACGGACAAUUCAGCCAGAAGUGACACCUCUACCACAGUGAAUACUGCCAAUCGAUCAGGCAAAAGGAUGCGUGACGAUGAAGACGAUGUUAUGGGGGAAGCCCUCCAACAGCUGAAGGAAUUGUCGUCUACACAGGACACUACUGAUGAUUGUACUGCUUUUGCAACCGUAGUUGCAAACGAUCUUCGACAAUUGAAAGGGGAAACCAACAUUUAUGGAGAAAAACUAAUAUAUGAUGUUCUUUUUCUUGCUAAACUUUGUCGUCUUUCGUCUACAUCAAUGGUUAAGAGUAGUUUUUCACAUUUAUAUUACUGUUUAUUGUUGAUAUAAAUUACCAUUACUUGUUUUUUUGGGAAGGGUUCAUCAGGAUAUACAAUUUGGCAUUAUUCAUAAUUAGCAUAGAAAAUAUAAGAUUACUUGGUGUGAAAGUGAUGUUAUCAUUAACCUUUAAACAAACACUCACCUUUAAAUAAUCAUCUUUGAGAACUGCAUAUAUGGUUUCACAUGUCUCCGGUAUAAUUAGAGACAAACUCUGCUCUGAUAUCCUCGUGCUAUAUUGCAACGAUGUAUAUGAGCACCCAGAUGCUAAAAAUCUGAGCGUUGCUUCCAGACAAGCUUCUGCACUUAUACUCUGCCUCAAAUUGGUAUCCUGCUUUCUUAUGUACGGUUCCACUUUUUCAAAUAGUGUAUAGAAACUAUUUAUAUCCAUUCUCAUGCACUUGAUAAAUUCAUGCUCAGGUCCAUGUUG